UACGCGCGCGCGCGCGCGCAGCAGCCCUCCCUGCCAGACACACGCGGCGCGGCGUGGUGACGCCAGGUCGGCCCGAGGAAGGGGCGGGCCCGGGGCGGGCCUUUCCAGCUUUUCCAGCUUCUCCAGCUCCUCCCGCCCCCUGCCGGUCCCGACUCUCCUUCCCCCUCCCUCCCCCACACUGGGCCCCGUCUGCGCGGGGGUGCCUUCGUCGCUUAGCUUCGCGUCGGCCCGGCCCGGCCCGGCCCGGCCAACGGGCAAAUGCCCUGAGCUGCCACCGCCGCCGCCGCCGACUCGGCCGGUGGCGGUGUGGGAGACGGGCGUCCGGCCCCGGGCCGCUGAGUGUGACGGACGGGGCCGGGGGCCGCCGGGCGCCGCGGCGUCGGCGGCUCGGCGCGGACCAUGUAUUUCCUGAGCGGCUGGCCCAAGAGGCUGCUCUGCCCUCUGGGGAGCCCGGCCGAGGCGCCUUUUCACGUUCAGUCCGACCCCCAGAGGACUUUCUUCGCCGUGCUGGCCCCGGCCCGCCUCAGCAUCUGGUACAGCCGACCUAGUGUAUUAAUCGUAACCUACAAGGAACCUGCAAAAUCAUCUUCUCAGUUUGGAUCCUACAAGCAAGCUGAAUGGAGGCCAGAUAGUACCAUGAUAGCUGUGUCAACGGCAAAUGGCUACAUCUUGUUUUUUCAUAUAACAUCUACAAGAGGGGACAAGUACCUUUAUGAACCAGUGUAUCCCAAAGGAAGUCCACAAGUGAAGGGGACACCCCAUUUUAAGGAAGAACAGUGUGCCCCAGCAUUAAAUUUAGAGAUGAGGAAAAUAUUGGAUUUGCAAGCACCCAUCAUGAGUUUGCAGUCUGUGCUGGAAGAUCUCCUGGUUGCUACUUCUGAUGGACUUCUUCAUCUUAUUCACUGGGAAGGAAUGACAAAUGGGAGGAAAGCUAUUAAUCUUUGUACAGUACCCUUUUCAGUAGACCUCCAGUCGUCUAGAGCAGGUUCAUUCCUGGGCUUUGCAGAUGUGCACAUUAGAGACAUGGAAUACUGUGCCACACUUGAUGGGUUUGCUGUUGUGUUUAAUGAUGGUAAAGUUGGAUUUAUCACACCAGUGUCAAGUAGAUUUACUGCAGAGCUUCAUGGAGUUUGGCCACAAGAUGUUGUUGAUGGAACUUGUGUAGCGGUAAAUAACAAGUAUCGACUGAUGGCGUUUGGUUGUGCGAGUGGUUCUGUACAGGUUUAUACAAUAGAUAACACCACUGGAGCCAUGCUACUAUCUCAUAAACUGGAGUUAACAGCAAAACAAUAUCCUGACAUUUGGAACAAAACAGGAGCUGUUAAAUUGGUCAGAUGGUCUCCUGACAAUAGUGUUGUAAUAGUGACCUGGGAAUAUGGAGGCCUUUCUUUAUGGAGUGUAUUUGGAGCUCAGCUGAUUUGUACACUUGGAGGAGAUUUUGCUUAUAGGUCUGAUGGUACCAAAAAAGAUCCCCUUAAGAUCAACUCUAUGAGCUGGGGUGCCGAAGGCUAUCACCUGUGGGUAAUCAGUGGAUUUGGUUCUCAAAAUACUGAAAAUGAGUCUGACUCCAAGAGCAUAGUUAAACAGCCUAGCAUUCUACUAUUUCAGUUUCUCAAGAGUGCACUCACCGUAAACCCUUGUAUGAGUAACCAAGAGCAAGUGUUGCUUCAGGGGGAAGAUCGAUUGUACUUGAACUGUGGAGAGGCCUCACAAACCCAGAAUCCCAGGAGUACUUUGGCACGCUCUGAUCAUAAGCCCAGUCAGGAAAAGAGCCCAUUUGCAGAUGGCAGUUUAGAGUCUCAGAGUUUAAGCACUUUACUUGGUCAUCGGCAUUGGCAUGUAGUACAGAUUUCCAGCACCUAUCUAGAGAGCAAUUGGCCUAUACGGUUUUCAGCUAUUGAUAAGCUCGGACAGAAUAUUGCUGUGGUUGGCAAGUUUGGUUUUGCACAUUACUCUUUACUCACCAAAAAAUGGAAGCUUUUUGGAAACAUUACCCAGGAGCAAAAUAUGAUUGUGACAGGUGGCUUAGCCUGGUGGAAUGAUUUUAUUGUCCUUGCAUGCUAUAACAUAAGUGAUCAUCAAGAAGAGCUCAGAGUAUACUUGAGAACGUCAAAUCUGGACAAUGCUUUUGCUCAUGUCACCAAAACACAAGCAGAAACAUUACUGCUUAGUGUCUUCCGGGACAUGGUAAUAGUAUUUAGAGCCGACUGUUCAAUAUGCCUUUACAGUAUUGAAAGAAAACCUGAUGGUCCAAAUACUGCUGGUAUUCAAGUUCUUCAGGAAGUCUCCAUGUCACGCUACAUUCCUCACCCCUUCCUGGUAGUAUCUGUCACUCUGACAUCAGUGAGUACAGAGAAUGGAAUCACCUUGAAAAUGCCACAGCAGGCUCGUGAUGCAGAGAGCAUUAUGCUAAAUCUUGCAGGGCAGCUCAUCAUGAUGCAGAGGGACAGAUCAGGCCCUCAGAUCCGGGAGAAGGACAGUAACCCUAGCCAAAGGAAACUUCUGCCAUUCUGUCCUCCUGUUGUACUAGCCCAGUCUGUUGAAAAUGUCUGGACCACGUGUCGAGCAAAUAAACAAAAGCGUCACCUUUUGGAGGCCCUCUGGCUGAGCUGUGGGGGUUCAGGGAUGAAAGUUUGGCUCCCUCUCUUCCCUAGGGAUCACCGCAAGCCCCAUUCCUUCUUGUCCCAGCGGAUCAUGCUGCCUUUCCACAUAAAUAUCUACCCCCUGGCUGUUCUGUUUGAAGAUGCAUUAGUCCUUGGUGCUGUCAAUGACACUGUACUCUAUGAUUCUUUGUAUACUCGGAACAGUGCUAGGGAACAGCUGGAGGUGCUCUUCCCUUUCUGUGUUGUGGAGAGAACCUCUCAGAUCUACCUCCACCACAUUCUACGUCAGCUGCUGGUGAGGAACCUUGGGGAACAAGCCUUGCUCUUAGCCCAGUCCUGUGCCGCGUUACCUUACUUUCCUCACGUGCUGGAGCUCAUGCUCCAUGAAGUGCUGGAAGAAGAAGCUACCUCACGGGAGCCCAUUCCCGACCCUCUGCUUCCCACUGUGGCAAAAUUUAUCACCGAGUUCCCACUCUUCCUGCAGACAGUUGUUCAUUGUGCCAGGAAGACUGAAUAUGCCCUGUGGAAUUACCUUUUUGCAGCCGUUGGAAACCCCAAGGACUUGUUUGAGGAAUGUUUGAUGGCUCAGGAUUUGGAUACUGCUGCCUCGUACCUUAUUAUUUUACAGAACAUGGAAGUCCCAGCAGUAAGUAGGCAACAUGCCACCCUUCUGUUCAACACAGCCCUGGAACAAAGCAAGUGGGACCUGUGUCGACACAUGAUUCGAUUUCUUAAAGCCAUUGGCUCUGGAGAAUCUGAGACGCCUCCAUCCACACCUACAGCUCAGGAACCCAGUUCAAGUGGUGGAUUUGAGUUCUUCAGGAAUCGAAGCAUCAGUUUAUCCCAGUCAGCUGAAAAUGUUCCUGCUAGUAAAUUCAGCUUACAGAAAACACUAAGUAUGCCGUCUGGCCCUUCUGGAAAAAGAUGGAGCAAAGACAGUGACUGCGCUGAGAACAUGUAUAUUGAUAUGAUGCUCUGGAGACAUGCCCGGCGUCUCUUAGAAGAAGUUCGGCUAAAGGAUCUCGGCUGCUUUGCAGCCCAGCUGGGCUUUGAACUAAUUAGUUGGCUAUGCAAGGAACGUACCCGAGCUGCCCGAGUAGACAACUUUGUGUUAGCCCUGAAGAGACUCCACAAAGAUUUCCUGUGGCCACUUCCCAUCAUCCCAGCUUCUUCUCUCAGUUCUCCUUUCAAAAAUGGAAAAUACCGAACAGUGGGAGAGCAGCUGUUAACGUCCCAAUCAGCUGACCCUUUUUUGAACCUUGAGAUAGACGCUGGCAUCUCUAAUGUCCAACGAAGUCAGAGCUGGCUGGGCAACAUCGGCCCCACACAUCAUGAGAUAGACACGGCCUCGUCCCAUGGACCACAGAUGCAAGACGCCUUCCUUUCACCUUUGUCUAAUAAAGGUGAUGAAUGCAGUAUUGGUUCAGCCACAGACUUGACUGAAAGUAGCUCCAUGGUGGACGGAGACUGGACAAUGGUGGAUGAAAAUUUCUCCACACUCAGUUUAACUCAGUCAGACCUAGAGCACAUCUCCAUGGAGUUGGCAAGUAAAGGGCCUCACAAAUCCCAGGUUCAGCUUCGGUAUUUGCUACACAUCUUCAUGGAGGCAGGAUGUCUGGACUGGUGUGUUGUUAUAGGCCUGAUUCUCAGAGAAUCCUCAGUAAUCAACCAGAUUUUGGUUAUUAUACAAUCUUCAGAGGUAGAUGGAGAGAUGUUACAGAACAUAAAGACAGGGCUGCAUGCUGUGGACAGAUGGGCCUCUACAGAUUGUCCUGGAUAUAAGCCAUUUUUAAACAUCAUUAAGCCACAACUGCAGAAGCUCAGUGAGAUAACAGAAGAGCAGGUCCAGCCUGAAGCCUUCCAGCCAAUAACUGUGGGUAAGACUCCUGAACAGAGUAGCCCCCGGGCAGAGGAGAACAGGAGCUCCUCCAGCCACGGGAGCAUCCCCCAGGGCGAGGUCGGAGGUAGCAGUUUGGUCAGCCGGAAAGAGGAGGACACAACCCGAGCAGAGGAGGAGGAACCUUUUCAGGAUGGGACUUACGACUGUUCUGUGUCCUAACAACAAUGGGUGCCGUCACCACGGGCAGUAUUAAUUAGCAGCAGCAUGCAGCUGAGGACACUGUGACCUAGUUGGAUGAUUUAACCAGGGAGAGAACUCAGCUCAGAGACUCUGGUAAGGUAUUACUAAAUUUUAACUAACUCUUUCUCCUCUAAGAAAUCUCUUUGAGUCCAUAAAAAUGUGAUAUCAAAAAAAUCAUCUUUCAUAAAAAAUUUUUUAAGCUGCAGUGGAAGUAAUAAAGAAUAUUGUACAGAUGUACAUGAGAAUAUUUUGGUUUUAUUCUUAAAGGUUGGUAGCUCUUAAACCACAGGGAUUGUUUUGCCCCAGAUGAGCAAAACACUUUUCACUACUUACAGCUUCCUAUGUUUUCUGGUUCAGCGUGUGUUCAGACUGCUUUUUAAAAACAAAUGCUAAGGUGCUUGCUGUAGCUCAUCAAGUGCCCGAGCUACCUGUAUGCCCCCUUGGAUCGAGAGCACUGGCCUCCCUAACUGGGCCUCUGAAUAGAUGCCUGCCCUAGCGUAAGAGGUGCCUGUAUGAAGGAGACAUGCUCCUCUGCUAGCCUGUUAAAUCCCGGUCCUGAAUGGAUGGAAGCUAUUUACCUGUGAGUCAGUGUGCCUGCUUUUUAACAAGCUUGGUUCCUGCUAGGUCAGCGUGGGCUGAGGUCUGAGGAGUUCGUAUCAAUUAUGCUAUUAGAUACCACUAAACUAUUUUGUAUCAAAGAAUUGUUAUCUUUUUGUGAGUACUCUUGUGUAAGUAUACUCAAAGGCACUGUUCAUAUUUUUAGGGCUUGUACAAUAAUUUGUAAGGUUUUAUGCUGGAUUCUGCAUGGCUAUAGAUACUCACUCUUGGAACAAAGACAGGGCUUGCUCUUCUUUCCAAAUAUAAGCAGUCUUCAUAGAGGAAGACAGGUUUAUUGGCUUGGUCAUAAGGUAACAGAAAUGGUCACACUGAUCAUGAAAUGAAACAGGUUUUGUGCAAAUUAAUGUAGUUUCUUAUUUAUUGCUUUUGUAAAUUGAAUAAAAAUGGACUUUUAUGUAAAUAGACUGCUGAAUCCUGUAUUAUCACGGCUACUAAAAAUUAGUAUGUAAAGAAUGCAUUCUUCAUUGUAACUUUUUAAAUAUUUUAUGUAUUUCUAGAAAUGACAAACUUUAGUUUUCAUACAUUAUGAAAACAUGACUGCAUACUCAAUUGCUUUAGACUGAACACAUAUCCACUGUAUGUACAUCAAUUACCUUAUAACAGUAUUAAUUUAGAUAGCUUGUUUGUACUGUGCAAUUUGAACAAAGGAAUGCAAUGUUAUUUUUUACGAAAAUGAACUUAUUUUUAUAAUAACAGUGUAUUUGAUGUGGACCAAAUUCAUACCACUAUGUAAAACAGCCUCUCUUCUCAUAGUGCAAUUACAGUUUAGAAAUAAAACUUGGUCCUCUAUCCUUGCUUUUUAAAGUAAAAUGGCUAGCUUUAGUUGUCCUAGCCAGGUUUCCUUUGAAGGGAAACCCAAAACCAUUUUGAAAAUGCUUUGUUCAUAACUCAUCAAACGGUUUUAAAUUAUUGAGUUUGGUAAUUUACUAUCACUUACUUUUCACAUUACAAGUGCAAUAAUUUCACAUACAAAAACUCCUGAACGGGUGGAAUAUGUGAUUACUGGUACCUGGUCCUUCUGGUGCUAUGUUUAUUUAAGCCUUUGUUUUAAACCACCUUUCCCUGAAUUUUAAGAUAGAAAAUGUUUCCCAUGUGAGUACAUGCAGCCCAGCAAGAAACUAAACUGAAGAAUUUCUUCUCCUGUCCUAGUCUUAUUAGGAGAAGAACUAGCAUUACUUUUGUGUUUGGUGUGAGUAUUUAGUCAAUAAAAAUGAUUUACCAUUGUAAACAGCUAUGAUCUUUUCAGGUAUCCUAAUGUGCUGCUGGGUUCAUCUUGCACUCUUAAAAGCAGGGCACCAAUAAGUUAACUGUAUUCCUGUGGUUAACGCCAUGAACGAAACUUUUCUUGUAUAAACUACUUGUUUUUCAACUAACGGAUAUAGGUGGCCCCAAGGCAAAAAAAUUGGCAACUUUACAGAAAAUUUCUCUUUGGUAAUGUGUUACAUACUUUAAUUUUUUUAAUUCAUAUUUUAAUUUUGCCUUGUUUGGAUCACAUAUCGACUGUUUAAGCCAUAAUUUUAACCAAUGAAUUUAAAUAUUCAGUAUAACUAUUUGAAGUUUAAAUUAUUUGCUGAUACCAAAACAAGAAGUCAUUUGGGGGUAGAGUCAAUCUUUGCUUGUAAUUAAAGUUGCUGCUACUUCUGUAAUGUGUAUUUUUUUACUUGGUAAAGGGCAAUAAAACCAUUACAUGAA